AUUACCUAUUACCCGUACUGGUGUAGUGGCCAUCGUAGUAAUUACGACGAAUAAAUAAUAUGGGUACACUCUUUUUAUAUUUUCUUUGCGUUCAUAUCGAACCCGGCCGUGGCUGACGGGUGUACCGCCUGCAAUAACAUCGUACAGACCGUGUAAUCCGCGGUAAAACACGCCAACCGAGUAGUAUUUAUCAUUCAGAUUCGCGUAUCAAGCCACUAUUUAUACGUAAAGCUUAAUUACUAUUGGACGGGUCGGACGAUAGUGCGCGCUCGAUUUUCGCCGAGCUGCCCGGACCAUGGAAGUACGCGUAUCAUACGCCGCCGUGGUGUUCACCUGUUGUUGCUGCAGCUGGCUGUCCAGUGUACGAGGCCACGCGAUCGACUUUAAAGCCAUGCCCAUGACCCUGCUGAACGCCACCAAUUUCAUUAUGCGGCACCAGAGGUAUUUGCUGCAAGACGACGAACGCGCGACUGACGCCACCGCACGGGCAUCCGGUAACGAAGUGAACAUGAAUAUUGAUGAGAACGUAGACGGCAUUGUUAAUAGCCCUUUGGUUUUAACUACCGAAGUGUGCAACCCGAGAAAAUGUCAAGCCGGUAAAAUGGAAGGAGUGUGUAUUAGCGGCGAAUCGUGUUUCAAACACGGUGGUCAGACCGGAAACCUUUGCAACGGAUCGAGUAAUCUGAUUUGUUGCACAUUUAUACUUACGUGCGGUGACGUCUCCAGUCAAAAAGUGACGUACCUCCAGUCCCCGGACAGUUUGAAAAUUGAUUCGGGCAGUUUAGCAUGCGAUUACGACGUAACUGUUCAAAAGGAUACGUGCGCAGUCCGUGUGGAUUAUGAAAAAGUAAAUCUUGCCAGCAAGAUAGGAGGAGUAUGUGACAUCGAUCAAGUUUACAUUUUGAAUUCUAACGACGGGCCAACAACGGGUCAGUGUGGAGCAUUGACUGGUUACAGCACCGUCGUCGCUGUGAAACCGAACCAAGAAAAACCUUUGAAAAUAGCAAUGGUUGUGCAAAGUGAACCGACCGAAUAUUGGCUAAUCAAAGUCUCACAAAUAGGUUGCGCAGAAAUAAAACCGCUCAAAGAAUCACCGGAUUGUGGUCUAACGUCCGUCCGUCAAAUGAACGACGACAACUUCUAUGAUCAGUCACAGCACCUGACGCCGUCGUUAGAAACCGGACGUUGCGGCGGCAGUGGUGACAGGAGUAAUAGUGGCGGGGACGAUGAGGGCAACGCAAUGAGUCGACGGCAGCGGCUCAUACGUCGCUCUGCGGUCCGCGACGGCGUCUUGCAACCGUGGCGGAUGAGGCGGUCUGGAGGUCACUUAGGGUCAGCUAGAGAACGACUGCACACCGUGCGGCGCGAAGAAUUCAGGGACGGCGAUAACCGCAGGAUCAUCGGUGGCGACGAGGCGCACAUAGGCGAGCACACCUGGCAAGUGGCCAUCGCCCUGGACGGGGUGUUCUUCUGUGGCGGAGCACUGAUCGCUGAUCGAUUCGUCAUCACCGCCGCCCACUGUGUCAUGACGCGCGACACGCCGGUGGACGACUUAACGGUGCACUUGGGCGACUACGACCUGACCGCGGACAACGAAACGGAACACCAGGCGCGGAGAGUGUCUCGCGUGCUGUUCCACUCUCAUUUCCAUCCGUUCCUGUUGGCCAACGAUAUAGCGCUGCUUCAACUCGACCGGCCGGCCGCCGCGAGCGACACCGUCAGGCCCGUGUGCAUGCCGUCCGCCGACGGCGACUCGUAUGUGGGCCAAAAAGCCACGGUCGUGGGAUGGGGGAUCACUGCAUUCCCGACGGGCGACCCAAGUCCCACGCUGCAGAAACUCUCCGUGGAAGUCCUGUCAAACUUCCAGUGUUCCCGCGUCAUCGACGAUCACGUAGGUCUGGGCAUGCUGUGCGCCGCCGCGCCGUCGUUGCAAGGGACGUGCUUCGGCGACAGCGGAGGCCCCCUGACCGUGGAACGAGACUCGGGAAGAAACGUUUUGAUCGGCCUGGUGAGUUACGGAGUGACGGGCUGCGCGGUCAAACCGGCUUUUCCCGACCUGUACACUAGAAUAUCGGAGUACACCAAAUGGAUCGACGUCACCACUUCGUAGCGGCAGUAACAAUAAUAAUAAUAAUAAUAAUAAUAAUAAUAAUAACAAUAAUAAUAAUAACAAUGAUGAGAUAAUAAUUAAUAUAAUAGCAAUUAAUAGUACGGUUGUCGAGCACACGAUAAAACGAUGGGCGACGUCGUGAUAACAAUAUUAUUUCGGCGGACGUCGUCACAGUCCAAGAACACACUACUACGCUAGUAAGGGCAGUGUUGAUAAGGUCCCUUGCCUAUAGGUUUAUUAUUUUAUUUGUAAUAGCAUCGUCGUGACUUACGAGUUAUCCAUCAUGGACCGUAAUAAUAUUAUAUUAUAGACUACCCAGUCAUCGAGUCCGCCGUCCUUUGCCCCAUAAUAAUAGUAUGAUGACGUAUUGUACGAUUUAUUAUUUCUGUCCGGACGUGCACGUGUGCCGCCACGAUCUUGACGGCAUAAGACAUGGGGGCAUACCGAAUGCUUAUAUUAACGUAUUAUAAUAUAACUUCUGCAAAUUUACCAUGCCGAUUUCGAAAACGGACAUCGUCCGUGUAAAAAAAAACGCUCUGUUGCAAAUAUCGUAUUGUGCUUGCGUUUAAAUUAAAAUAUCGUAUAUUAUGUGCACGCGAACGUAUAGCCGCGUGUAUCGAUCAUUAUUUUAUUUCCAAGUUUGUGCUAUAACAAUGUCUCACGGCCUCACGCAUUCGAAAACUGAUGAAAUUACAUUGUACACGUCCGAUGAGUGGAACGUAUAUUAACCGUAAAGUUUGACAGCUUGCAAUAUUUUUCGUAAGUCUGUAAACAUUAUUAUUUUGGAGGUUUAACAAAACAACGUAUCGAACAUUCGAACACAAUAAUAUUAUAUUGUUACCUGCGCAUUAUUAUAAUGUGUGUGUUGUAAAUGUUUUGAGUAAAAUCAAUACAUUUCCCUGUUAAUCUUUGUUUAUUGUUCAAUUAACUAUCGAGUAGGUAGUACCUAUUUCAUUAAUUUACCCGAGCAUUUUAGACUCGAAUAUUGUACAUUUUAUUUUAAAUGUUUGAAUAACAUAUUAUAGCGAACCGCUUGAUUUGUUUAUUAUUUGUACGCCUUUAUUAAUAUACAUAGAACGAUUGAGAUUGAUAUAGUAAUAUUAUAAGCUGAUUAUUUGUACUCAAGAUAAAAAUGUAAUAAUAUGUAGUAGUUUUAAUAAAUUGUAUAAUAGAUUAUAAUAUGUAUAAUAUAUUAUAUUAUAUCGUAAUAAACUAAUAAUAUAUUGUACAAUAUUAGUUAUAAAACAAUGCUACUAAAGAUUAAACAUUGUGUACCACAUGAAUAUUAACUAUUAGUAAUAGUGCAGUGACUGUCAUUUAGUUUAAAAGUUUUUUUUCAAAAUUAUAAUGUAGUUAAGAGUAAAAAAGUUUGUAGUCUAAGAACAACGUUCAGGAAAUAAAAUAAUUUUUUCCUCGACAUCGUUAUUUGUGUUAAAUAAUAAGAA